GAGAGAGAGAGAGAGAGAGAGAGGCGUGGAGCCCGAGGGGAGGGUCUACGCAACCUGUGUCAUUAUUCUUCGGGGGGGUGUGGGCAUCACUCAGCUGUGGACCUCGGCACUCGGGGGAAGCCUGCAGCCAGGAGGAGUUCCCCUUUCUGCACCCGGCAUCUCAGCACUGGCCCUACACACACACACACACACACACACACGCCGUCAGCACGGACACGCUGAGUUGCACACCCUGGGACGGCCACUCCGAGGAGGACCAUGGGAACAGUGAGCGAACUUUGCGCCUCCAGUUUCCAGGCAUUCCUGUGCCCCACGGUGAACAGCGCCCCCUCAGUGGCAGACGACCUCACCCCAGAGGAGCUACAGGAGCUCGAGAACAUCCGGCGACGCAAGCAGGAGCUGCUGGAGGACAUUCAGCGCCUGAAGGAUGAGAUAGCAGAGGUGACCAGCGAAAUCGAGAGUCUGGGCUCCACUGAAGAACGGAAAAGCAUGCAGAGGAACAAGCAAGUGGCCAUGGGCCGCAAGAAAUUCAACAUGGAUCCCAAAAAAGGUAUCCAAUUUCUGAUAGAGAACGAUCUUCUGAAGAACACUUGUGAGGACAUUGCCCAGUUCCUGUACAAGGGGGAGGGGCUCAACAAGACAGCCAUUGGGGACUACCUGGGGGAGAGGGACGAGUUCAACAUAAAGGUCCUGCACUCUUUCGUAGAGCUGCACGAGUUCACAGAUCUGAACCUAGUCCAAGCCCUCCGGCAGUUCCUGUGGAGCUUUCGGCUACCGGGCGAAGCGCAGAAAAUCGACCGUAUGAUGGAGGCCUUUGCCCAGCGCUACUGCCAGUGUAACCCUGGAGUCUUUCAGUCCACAGACACCUGCUAUGUGCUGUCCUUCGCCAUCAUCAUGCUCAACACCAGCCUUCACAACCCCAACGUGAAGGACAAGCCUACUGUGGAGCGCUUCAUUGCCAUGAAUCGCGGCAUCAAUGACGGCGGCGAUCUGCCGGAGGAGCUCCUACGGAACCUGUACGAGAGCAUCAAGAACGAACCCUUCAAGAUCCCAGAGGAUGACGGCAACGAUCUCACUCACACCUUCUUCAACCCGGACCGUGAGGGCUGGCUCCUCAAACUGGGAGGACGAGUGAAAACAUGGAAAAGGAGAUGGUUCAUCCUCACAGACAACUGCUUGUAUUAUUUCGAGUACACCACGGACAAAGAGCCCAGGGGGAUCAUUCCUCUGGAGAACCUAAGCAUCCGAGAGGUGGACGACUCCAAGAAGCCAAACUGCUUUGAGCUCUUCAUCCCCGACAACAAGGACCAGGUGAUUAAGGCCUGCAAGACGGAGGCGGAUGGCCGUGUGGUGGAGGGCAACCACACCUUUUACCGCAUCUCGGCCCCCACUACAGAAGAGAAGGACGAGUGGAUCAACAGCAUUAAAGCGGCCAUCAGCAGGGAUCCUUUCUACGAGAUGCUGGCAGCCCGGAAGAAAAAGGUCUCGUCGGUGAAGAGGCACUAGCCCCCCCUC